CCAAGUCUCCGGCACUCUCCGGAGGCACCACCUGUGAAAAAAAAAGGGGUGUAUCGACUUUGAUAAUGACGACCAACAUGCCCAGCGAUCUUUAUGCCGUAGCAGAUUUCUGCCUCAUCCCAAUGGGAACAGGAGAAUCUUCUGUCGCAGAAUAUAUCGCAGAGUGCCACAGAGUCUUGGAAAAAUCAGGGCUGACAUUCAAGGUGCACGGGUACGGCACUAAUCUUGAGGGGCCUUGGAGCGAGGUGUCGAAGGCUAUACAUGAUUGCCAUGCUGCAGUCCACGCCAAAGGUGCCCCUCGAGUUGCUACAGACAUCCGCAUUGGUACACGCGUAGAUCGAGACGCUCCCGUAGGCGAUGGCAACUACCACAAGGUGCAACGUGUAGAAGAGAUUCUAGCGAGAGACAGAGCAUCUGUAUCUUGAGGCCUUGUUGCUUGAUUAGG